CGACGACAACAAAGGAAACCUCGGAACAGCACUCAUGACCCUCCUCCUCUUGCACUUGUAACUCGCUCCUUUCACGACACGCCGCUAUCCCCUCGGCAGCCCGAGCGCCCCACCUCCGCUCAUCCCUCCCCCGCCUCCACCGGCCCCAACUGUGUAUAGAGAUCGUCGGGGCUGGCUUCCGACGGCGGCGACGACAGCAACGACAAGACGGCAGAGGUUAUAGAUAACUAGACUUGAGCUCCGGCUCCCCAGCUCUCCAGCUCCAACAUCCCAACACCACCCCCGCCAUGCCCAACCCCCUCCUCCUUCUCGCCCUCGCGCCCCUCGCGGCGGCGCUCACCACCGCCGAGCUCCGCCAGCGCUCAAUCUACCAGGUCAUCACCGACCGCUUCGCCCGCAGCGACGGCCGCUUUGACUCGUACUGCAACCCCGCAGAACACAGGUACUGCGGUGGAACAUGGAAGGGCAUCGAGCAGCAACUCAGCUACAUCCAGGGCAUGGGCUUUGACACUGUUUGGAUUAGUCCAAUCGUCGCCAACAUCCCGGGCUUUGCGACCGCCAGCGGAGGCUUCCAUGAAAGCUAUCAUGGGUACUGGGCGUCUAAUAUCUUUGACCUCAACUCUCAUUUUGGCGGGCAGCAGGAUCUCAAGGAUCUGUCGGCGGCGCUGCAUGCCCGCGGCAUGUAUCUGAUGGUGGACGUGGUCGCCAACCAUGUCGGCGCAGAUGACCAGUCGGGGCUCGGGCCAGAGUUCCAGCCGUCAGAGGAUGUGUACGGCGUAUUGAGCAACCCCAGCCACUACCACCGGUACUGCAAGGCCGGUGAGCACGGUAGCCAGCUGCAGAGCGAGAUCUGCUGGAUCGACGACUACAUGCCCGACCUCGACACUGAGAAUCCUGUCGUGAUCAAGACUCUGAACGACUGGAUCCAUCACUUGGUCAAAAUCUUUGGCAUAGACGCUAUCCGUGUCGACACGGUCAAGCACGUCCGCAAAGACUUUUGGCCCCCCUUUGUCGUUGCCUCGGGUGUGGCUGCCAUCGGCGAGGUGUGGCACGGAGACCCAGCCUACCUUCGCCCGUAUCAGGAGAGAAGCAUCGACAGUCUUCUCGACUACGCAACUUUCUACCACCUGAGACGAACAUUCGAAAAGCCUCACGAGUAUGGAAUCGACGAACUCACGUCGAUGAUCACGCGUGUGCACAGGGACAUGCCUGACCCGACACUUUUGGGAUCGUUUGUCGAGAACCACGACACGUAUCGUGUCGCGUCAGUCUCGCCCAACCCUGACCGAGCUCUGCUCAAGAACGCGGCCAUCUACCCGUUCAUCAACGAUGGCUUCCCCAUCAUCUACCAAGGCCAGGAGCACGGCCUCCGUGGCGGCAGCGACCCCUUCAACCGUGAAGCCAUCUGGUUGUUCGGUUACGCCCCCAACAAGCCAAUGUACCUCGUCUUCCAGCGCCUCAACCUUGCUCGCCGGCGAGCAAUGGAGACGUCUGGCUUCCACACUCUCCUCAAGCACCACAAGCUCGACCCCAAGACGGCCGUGCUUGUCAAGGGCCCGAUGGUUUCAAUGCUCACAAACUCGGGCUCUCUCGUCCUCCCGCGAGUCUACUACCUUCCGUCAGCCAUCACCGGCUAUGCGCCGAAGAUGCCAGUUGUCGAUGUCCUCACGGGCCAGAUCUUCGCCACGGACCCGUCUGGUGGCCUCGCGGCUACGAUUGUCGCUGGCGAGCCGCGUGUCUUCCUUCCCUUCAGCGUGUUUGAGGGCAGGAAGGAAGUGCAGUGGCAGAUGUCGGCGGCGGAUCGCAUUGCUGCUGCUCCUGCCAUCGGACACAAGCGCGGAGCCGGCAGCAUUUCGAGUGGCAAAACGCACAGCCGGUCGUCGAGUAAGGGCUCAUCAAUGUUUGGCUGGUUGAGAGGAGGGAGCAAGUGAAGUGGCGAGGUGGCUGACUGCCUUUGUGCAGUGGACAUUCUGUAGCAUCUAGAAG